CUUCAUCAGGGCGCUCCCAGGAGCCAGCCUCGCUCCAUUGCACCUACCCCCUGCGACGCAAUUAGUCACGCUCGGGGCGAGGAGGAGCUUUUUAUCUACGACACCCCGCCGCGUGUGUGCGUGCGUGCGUAGCUUUUACCCCCCCUACCCCCUGUCUGUCGAGGACCGCACAGCCAAGGUCGCCGCCGCCGCCGCCGCCGCCGCCCUUUGCGCUUUUGUCGCAGUCUCCCCGCUGCGUACGCUACCGCCCAUCCUCAACAGGCGACAAAGCUCCUCGCCCCCUUUCGCCAAUCUCCUUCCUCUCAUCCCUUCUCCUUUCCCUUUACCCCUUCCUUUCCCCUUUCCUCCUCUUGGCCCUUCUCCUCCUCUUUUUCUCCCCUUCCCCCCUUUCGUCUCCACACUUGUCCCGUCUCAGCCGUGCAAACGCACACUGCCCUCUUGAGUCCGGACCGGCAGCCGGUCGCCCAUCAUGGCACCCAGUGGCGACAGCAUUCCCCAUCGACACAAUGCAGAGUCCGCCUACGGCUCGGUGACGGCCGAAGAUGAGAGGCGAGGAAAUCUGCACCACCAUUCGCAUCCCCAUCCCCAUCACCACCAGUCGUCGAAUGCCAGCAGCAUUCACGCUGCAGCAGCCGCGGCCGGAGCAAUGGAUCACCAGGUCGACGCAUCUGGGGCUAGCAAUGGCUCUUUCGACCGACAGCCGCCAAGCCCCGUCAGUGCAGAGGCUGCCAGUCGGCAUCAGUUUCCUUCCUUUCUGGCAUCGGCAGCAGCAGCAGCAGCAGCGGCGGCGGCGGCAGCAGCAGCAGCAUCGGCGGCAUCUGCAUCAGCGUCAACGGCAGGGGACUCGCCUUCGUCCUCGUCCUCUUCGGCUUCCUCUACGUCCUCGGCGUCGACGGUCUCAACGGCUCUCCACGGCCCAGUCUCCUCUUCAGAGGCUCGCUGCAUGCAGAUUGCCCUCGGGCCCACCUCUCGCAUGCCUGCCGGCGAUGCCAGGGACCCGAGAAGCUCUACUGGCUGCGUCAUGGACCUGGAAGGCUGCGACGGCACUUGCGCUCACGCUUGCAGCAGCUCCCAGGCGACGACCACAGGCGCCACAUCGACAUCGGGCGUAGGCGUGUCGCAGAGCCAUGAUGUGUCUUGCCUUGAUGAGGACUACGCCGCCGAACCUGCCGUCAUGACGACGUCGCCCAUCGAUGACGAGGGUUCCUCCCCUCGUCCACAGACGCCUUCGGCUCCCUCUUUCUCCUCAUACUCUCUCAGCCCAGCAUCAAACAGCCAAAGACCAACGAAGCAGCUGCGGUUCUCUCAGUCGGCAGCCUCGACCCCGACGGCGGCGAGCGGUGGCGGUGGCGGUGGCGGUGGUGGUGGUGGUGGUGGCGGCGGCAGUGGCAGCGACGGCAUGCCCCAGCAGAGUAGCCCGUCAGGCUUUGAGUCUCCAAAUGCCCUCCUUCAUCGACGCUUCUUCAGCCGUGCGAGAAGGCAGGCCGAAGCGUCCAGACUCGGCAGGUGGGCUCCUCGUCACCAUUCCACUGCGGGGCAAGCAAGCCCAACGGGGAGACGGCUCCUAUCCAGGCAGAUGUCUCCCACGGUAGGCGACGACGAGCCAAGUGCGCUCUCGGCCCUGAGCGAGCAGAGGAGAUCGAGCAUGGGCGACGAAGUCAAGGCGAGUGCCAACGGUGGAUUCCACCUGCAGCCCGUGCCAGCGUCCAAGAGACGCAAGCCCGGCUCCCCGGUCCGAGGCUAUGAGGGACACCUGUCGAAGAAGAUGCGGAUAGACGAUCCAUCUGCAAACGAACCACAACCAUCGUCACACCCUCCUUCGAUGACCGGGUCAGGUCCGAGUUUGUCAGAUGUCAGUCGGCAAACUGUCGCUGCCGAGAAUGCCGCGCUUCUCGCGGGCAAGGCACCUGCUGCCUCUACAGUCGCCGCCAACGGCGCCGCCACCGGUGCUUCCGCCAGCAAAAGCACCAUUGCCGUCGAAAGCCGGCCGACGGCGUCUACGCCUCGAGAUGCCUCUCACGCCCUCUCUUCUUACAACAUGGCUGCAGCAGCUGCGGUGAUGGCAGCUACGACGCCCGCUCAGGGUUCAUCUGCCCCUACCAAAGCUGGAGCAAUGGCUACCGUCGGCAGAUCGGCUUUUCUCUCCUAUCAGACCACGCUGCCCGACCCUCGCUCGCUCGUGAAUGGCAUGAUGACGCCGACUGAAGCCUCCCAGUCUCGCUCGACUGCGCAGGCAAAGGCUUCCGCGCCGCAAGCUCGCCCCUCUGCUCUCCACAGGUCUAGGCAGGCGCCCAUCUUGAGACCGGCCGAUGUGGCCGCCCUAGAUCGCCGACGUACAACCCGGCUACGUCGCACCUUGAGCUUGCCCAACCUCAAGGCCAAGCCUGUCCUCGAUCUCUCGCAGCCAGCUGCGCAUCGUCUCACACUGCCCCCGAAGCUGGCGCAAUUUUUGGCCUCUCUCAGGAGUCACGCUCAGCACCAGGCAGCAGAGGAGGCGGCAGCCGUAGCAGCGGCCGAGAGGAGCGGCCGCGAGAUCAUCCACCGCUCAACGUCCUUUUUCACUCCACCGCUUCACCCUCCCAUCACCCGGCACACGUUGCGCGAGCUGGACCUGGGCGAGAUCCUCAAGAACCCUCAGCUGCGACAUGACGUUGUGUUCGACGUCAACGUUCAAUUCCGUCCCAACUUCGACGGAGAGCGGGGCAGGCGCAAGAAGGAGGCCGGAAACAAGUACUGGAUUGCCGUCAUGCGCGAGAUUGAAAAGAACUGCACAUGCACCACCUUUAACGGUCGUACCUUGCUUCCUUGCACUUGCUCCUUGAAGCAGCUCCCGCACAUGCACCAGCAGCAAUCGCAACCGCACAAGGUCGGCACUCCGAGAGGUCGUCAGCCCCAUACGCCUUCUUCAGCGUCCUUUGGUCCUUCUCGCCACGGUCUCAGCCGCAUUAUUCCAUCGAGGAUUCCCAUGCUGAUUCAGGAGUUGAGGGCCAUCUGCCUCUCCAUCUUGCCCUCCGGUUCCUCAACCGAUGCCACCUUGCUAUGUCAUCCUUCGUCGCCGGCCAAUCCCGGCUCCUCGUCUGCGCAGACGCAGCCGCCUUUUGCUCCGUUCAGCUCCGCGAAACACGCUGUUGACAAGCCCGCUCAGAAUACGACGAAGACGGCGACGUCCUCCAAGAAUGGCGAGGGACAGCAGCAGCAGCAGCAGCCGUCGAGUGUACGCACGACAAAGACGGUAAUGACGAACAUGACUUCGCUGCGAGCUGGAAUGUCGGGAGGUCCGUCGUGGGCUGCGUCGCAUCAUCUCCUCAUCGCACAGACCCUGGACCCUCACCUCAUCACCCAGCAACUGAACCAUGGCGUCUUGGAUGUGGCUGGUCUUGUGACGUUCAUGGGCUCCAUCCUGAAGCUCCACUGUGCGCCCAUGCGAGACGAAGUGAUCGAAAAGAUGGUCGAGGUAGUCUGCGUCGACGGAGAUGUGGCAAAGGGUUUGCGAAUGUGCUUCGAGAUCCUGGAGCUCAUGAAGCUGGACAUUGCCAAUCACCAACUUCGUUCCUCACGGCUUUACCUCGUCGAGACGGCCGUUGACUUUGAGACUCGCUGGUUCCGCGAACAGAUUGAGCAAGGAAAAGUUUCCUUGGAACGCACCACAUCCUGGUUCGCAGACGCUCACCGUCAACGGAUGGGCCAGUCCUCUUCGCAGGGAAUGAGCAGAAGCGACGUCAUCUCGAGGUCAUUUGAUGAUGGUUUCCUCAAGCUCAUCUUCGACCCUCCAGCUGCGCUUCAACCGUUGGCUGCUUUAGCUAACAAUGUCAACAUCAACGGGCAAUCGACAGGUCUGCCAUCGAACCAGGCCAGCAACACUGCGGUCACGCUAUCGUCGAGCAGCCUUAACCACGCAUUCAUCACCUUCUAUCCAGAGACGUUCCAGUUUGACGCCUAUCGACUCAUGACGUUCCACGGCGAUGUGACGGACCUGACAGUUGUCUACAUGCUUCUGCUUCUCUUCCGACAGCUUGCAUGCUCGCCCUUUGCGCUCGGACAGAAUGCUCUCCCCGUCACGACGCUGUCGCAGUCUGCCAUCAUUACAAAUGCGUCCAACAUUGCCUCCCGCCAGCUCGAGAUGGUUAAAACGGAGAUUUGGUGCCUUCUGAACGACGCCAAUAUGUCCAUCACGUCGCCUACGACAACCAGCCCCCCUUCAACACCUAUACCCCGGACGCCGACCACACCGGGAAUGGCUGGCCGCCUUCUUGCUGCCGUCGCCACGGGUGCCAGCUCGGGAAGCGGGGCCGGAGGAGGGGCAAAGAUUGACAAUGCCAAAUGGAAGAAAGCGAUGCGGGAUGUGGUCCUACAAAUUGCUGCUCGCGCCAGCUCCAUCCAGUGGCAAGCCAGAUGUCCGACUGCCUAUUCUGCCACUGAUGCAUCUCAGACGUUGCCGAUCAAUGCCGGUCCGCCUUCGGAAAAGACGCUGGAUCUGCUCAACUCGUGGCUCGACACGAACCUGCGAAAUGGCAGCGCUCUGCACAAGCUCUGUCAAAACAGGCUCCGCGACAUCCUCCGCGCUAUCCUUGUCGAUCGGCUUACUGGCGCUGCUUCUUCCUCGCCAUCCACCCCGUCCACGACUCUGGGCUCGUCGCUCCGCGUAAGACGAUCAGCGGCUGUUGCGACGACAUCCACGGCGGGCGUGCCGGCCAGCAGCAUGGCGCCUCCUCCGUCCCCCUGUGCCAAUGGCAUGGCCACGGUGAGGAAGCAGCCUGACGACAGCAUCGACGAGAGCAAUCUUGCCGAGGCAGGUGCCGAUGCAACGUGCAAAAGGCAAAAGCUCGAAGAUGGCUCCACCGCCAAGUCGGCCCCAGCCAUCUCGAAGAUCCCAUCGCCAGACACAGCAUCUCCAACCUGCUCGACGCUGUCGCCAUCAGCGACGCCCACAAGCAACCGGCCGACGAGACCCCUUCGAGGCCAGAGCUUACCGGCUUCUCCGUCGCCGAGCUCGCCCGGUGUCGCCGCCGAUCGAGACUGGGAAGGAGCCUUGCAGCGUGCGGGCUUAGAGCCAUUCACGGCCGAGGUCAAGCUUCUUGGCGAUCGCGCCGCUAAGGUGGCUGCCUUCCAUUUGAGAGUCUUCAGGCCAUUGUACGAACGCAUCGCUGCCGACUCUUCCUCCUCUAGCCACAAAUAGGGUGGCCUUCUUCUUCUCUCCCCCAGUCGUGGUGCUUCACUCUCCCUUUUUCCUCCAUCUCUAUAUUUUCAGUCUUUGCAGAUUCGUUCCUCAGCAUCUCAAUGUGUCGUACCUCAUCUUCCCGUUCUCAAUCUACACGACCUCGUUAAUUCUCACUUCUCUCAAUACACACCGUCCCUCUGCCUUCGAUUUCUCUGCCAAUCCUCAAAUGCUCAAUGAAGACAAUCAGAACAGAAGCAAUUAC